AUAACUUUAAGCCUUGUGUAAGCCUGCUUAAAAGAAGUGUUGAAGCCUGCAUUACCCUGAUUUUCAUAAUUUAUUUUGUUUCCUAGUUUUUACCUGUAUAUAGCUGAAGUUCUUGAGUCCUGAAUUCUCCUGCCUGUUGCAGCUGUACCUCCAAUUCAACAUGACGAUGACCCCCUCGCUGGCUGAAAUGGCUGAGACCUACUGGAAGCAUGGCUUCCUAACUGGAGUGCCAGUGCUAGACCCCGAAGAGCUGGAGAGAGCUACAGAGGGCUUCAGUAGACUGGAGAGGGAGUUUGGGCUGGAGUAUGCCCAGUACAGUCUCCAUAAUGUGCACUUGAAGUACCACUGGGUGAUGUCUCUGGCCAUCCAUCCCAAGGUGCUGGAGCCAAUCAAGGGGAUCCUGGGACCCAACGUCAUCCUCCUUGAUUCACGCUUCAUCUGCAAAUACCCGAUCAAACAGAAGAGCCACGAAGCUGCCUGUGAAAGUCAGAAGCCUGUGCUUCCUUAUGUUGCCUGGCACCAGGACAUCAGGUACUGGGGUUUUGAGGGGGGUUCAGUGGCUUCUGUGUGGCUGGCCCUGGACGACGUAGACCGAGAGAAUGGAGUCCUGCAGGUCAUCCCAGGAAGUCACCAUCAAGGUCUCCUCCCCCACAUCACCUCACCCAACCCAGGGAACAUGCUGACAGCCAAUCAGGAGAUCCCAGAUCACCUCCUCAACACGAGUGAGGCUGUGGAGUGCCCUCUACAGGCUGGACAAAUGUCUGUCCACGAUGGUCUGACAGUCCAUGCCAGUGAGCCCAACCUGUCCACUCGGAGGCGCUGUGGGUUCGUUAUUCGCUAUGUGCCAACCUCUGCCUAUCCUGUUCAGGACCCAGAUCGUCCUCGCACCUUUAAUGCUACAGUCCUAGUCUCUGGUGUUGAUGAGUACCAUCACUUUCCAAACAAUGCCCCCAAUCUUCAGUGAGGUGCAAUGCAGACCAUGGGGCCUAUUUUAGUGAUCUAAACUGUGGUGGAUCUAAAUAGCUCUAUACUUUUAUUCAUUGACCCUAUUAUUAAGAUUAAAAAAGCAAUAAUGUUGUAAAUGUUAUCAUUCUAUUGGUGAUGUAACUAAUUGAUACGCUGCUACUCUAUUUAAGUGACUUCAGUGAUGGUCUAUAACUGAACCUUUAUCUAACUCUUUUUAAAAAUGUUUUUAUUAAACCAUUUAUGGAGUAUUUAAAUAGUUUGAAUCAUAUGUUCAUUUUAUUGCUCAAAAUCAUGUUAGUUCCUUAAUAUACCUGGGAGAGAACAUGUGAUGCCUCUCAGAGAGGUGGGAACAUAAACAAAAAAUAGUUUAAAGAGAGGGAUACUGGAUUUAUAAAUUAGAUACACUAAAGCCGAAAUGUCUAGAUGAUUAACUUUAUUUAAAGUAUUUUUGUACACAUUUAUCUGUUUUUAAAUAUUAUAGCGAUGUUACUAUUUUCAUAAAUAACCGCAAAAUGUAUAAUUGAAAACUAUACUACUGUAUGUCCUAACUAUGUGAUGUGGAUUGAACCAAUGAAUUGAUUCUCUCCAUUGCUUAUAAGCUUUUAAUCAUUAAAACGAUGUUUCGACUUAAAAUAAAA